AUGUCGGACCUCAAGUCCCUUGUCCCGGAGCUCCAGAACGCUCUGGAGCGCAAACAGCUGGAUGCUGCCAACACCCUCCUCAGUCAAGCCAAGCGUGCUCUUCUCAUGCAAAACGCCCUCAUCCCGACUCCCUCUACGCCACCACAGCUUGUUGUCCUUGCCCGACAAGUCCUUGAACUCGGCGCCCUCGCCUCCAUUCGGCAAACCGACGCGCAGACCUUCACAAGAUACUACCAGCAGCUUCAGCCAUUCUACGAUCUGGAGCGACACGCCGGUCUACCUGGACAGAGCUCCUCUGAGGUUGAUUUUAGCACUAGCCAGCGCAGCAAGAUCACAGGACUCUAUUUGCUUCUUUUGCUAAGCAUGGGCGACAGUGCCAACUUCCACACUGUGUUGGAGGGAUUGGUCGAGGAGGCUAGUUUGAAGGGCGGUCGUAUUGAGGAUGAUGCUUAUAUCAAGUACCCUGUUGAGCUGGAGCGGAACUUGAUGGAGGGUAGCUAUGAUAAGGUGUGGCGGGAAACAAAGUCGGAGCGUGUGCCGUCAGAGGACUUUGGAUUGUUCUCAAACGUUCUCAUCGGCACCAUCCGUAGCGAGAUCGCAGACUGCUCCGAGAAGGCUUAUCCCUCCCUCCCUAUCUCCAACGCCAAGAACCUCCUCUUCCUGGAUUCCGAGGGUGCAGUUAUCGAGUUUGCUCAGCAGCGUGGUUGGAUUCUUCGUGAUGGACGGAUACACUUCCCUGUCGAGCCGGAGGCGGCCACGAGGUCCGAGAAGGAUAUCCUGGUGGCCAGCGGCACCGUUAUCGAGAACACACUAGGCUACGCGCGGGAGCUGGAGACGAUUGUUUAA